CGGGGCGCAGCCAGCAGCACCACCGCCUCCCAAGUUUCCCCUUGUGGAUGCACAGCCCAGUGGCUCCGCUCCUCCCGGCUCAGAGGGGCCCGAAGAGGCCGGAGGCGAGGACUCGGGGCGGGAUUCCGGGGGACGGGGAGAGGACCGGCGCCCGAGCCGCUCUGGGAACUGCGGGGGCCGGUGAACCAUGAAGGGCCGGCGGCGGCGGCGCCGGGAGUACUGCAAGUUCGCGCUGCUGUUGGUGCUCUACACGCUGGUGCUGCUGCUCAUCCCCUCGGUGCUGGACGGCGGCCGCGACACGGACAAGGGCGCCGGACACUGCCCGGGCCUGGGACACAGUCUAGGAGUGUGGAGCCUGGAGGCCGCGGCCGCGGGAGAGCGCGAGCAGAGCGCGGAGGCGCGGGCCGCCGCUGAGGGGGAUGCGGGCCAGCCCCCCGGGUCCCCGGGCAAUCUCAGCGGCGCCGUCAGGGAGGCGGUGUCUCGCGAAAAGCAGCACAUCUAUGUGCACGCCACCUGGCGCACCGGCUCCUCGUUCCUGGGCGAGCUCUUUAACCAACACCCGGACGUCUUCUACUUGUACGAGCCCAUGUGGCAUCUGUGGCAGGCGCUGUAUCCGGGCGACGCGGAGAGCUUGCAGGGCGCGCUGCGCGACAUGCUCCGCUCGCUCUUCCGCUGCGAUUUCUCCGUGCUGCAGCUGUACGCGCCGCCCGGGGACCCCGCGGCGCGCCCCCCGGACUCGGCCAAUCUCACCACGGCCGCUCUCUUUCGCUGGAGAACCAACAAGGUCAUCUGCUCCCCGCCGCUGUGCCCCGGCGCGCCCCGUGCCCGCGCAGAGGUCGGCCUCAUCGAGGAUACCGCCUGCGAGCGCAGCUGCCCACCCGUGGCACUACGCGCCCUGGAGGCCGAGUGCCGCAAGUACCCGGUGGUGGUCAUCAAGGACGUGCGCCUCCUCGACCUGGGCGUGCUGGUGCCCCUGCUGCGCGACCCGGGCCUCAACCUGAAGGUGGUGCAGCUUUUCCGCGACCCGCGGGCAGUGCACAACUCGCGCCUCAAGUCCAGGCAGGGGCUGCUGCGCGAGAGCAUCCAGGUGCUGCGCACCCGCCAGCGGGGCGACCGCUUCCACCGCGUGCUGCUGGCGCAAGGGGUGGGCGCUCGCCCGGGGGGCCCGUCCAGAGCAAUGCCCGCCGCGCCACGCGCCGACUUCUUCCUGACCGGCGCGCUCGAGGUGAUCUGCGAGGCCUGGCUGCGCGACCUGCUGUUCGCGCGCGGUGCGCCAGCCUGGCUGCGGCGCCGCUACUUGAGGCUGCACUACGAGGACCUGGUGCGGCAGCCGCGCGCACAGUUGCGCCGCCUGCUGCACUUCGCUGGGCUGCGAGCACUCGCCGCGCUCGACGCCUUCGCGCUCAACAUGACGCGCGGCACAGCCUACGGCGCAGACCGGCCCUUCCACCUGUCCGCGCGCGAUGCCCGCGAGGCUGUGCACGCCUGGCGCGAGCGCCUGAGCCAAGAGCAAGUGCACCAGGUGGAGGCCGCCUGCGCCCCGGCCAUGCGUCUGCUAGGCUACCCUCGAAUCGGAGAAGAGGGAGACACUGAGUCGCCCAGGGAUGAAGAGAUGCCGGUGAAGACCGAGGCCGACACGUAGCCCCCACCCGUGCCCUUGGGGCAAAUCCUGGUCAGUCGCCAUGAACGGGCACUCAGCGCGUUGCCCCAGCACUGGAGAAGCCGUGCUGUGAAGGCAAUCUAUCACGCUGUCAAGAGACUGGGACUUGACUUGGUACCAACCGCUGUGCAAUUCUGUGGAGCAGGAAUAUCAUGAGCUGUUAAAUAAUGACCGACACAUUGGUUGAAAUGAAGUUUCCAGUAAGGAAGUGACAGUGCAAUGUGGAUAAUUAUGGCCAUAAAAUAGGAAGAGCUUUAGUUCCCAGCCUGAACCUGCCUCUGCUGGAGCCAUUUCAACAAGGCACUUUCAGAACAAAGAAGAGAUGUGAUCUGCUAUCAUUUCCCAUCAGCAGGUGUCUGGACAAAACACCAAUGUGAAUAAGGGCCAAGUGCAGUCCUGUGUGUCUUGAUUAAAUUACUUGAUAUGAAAUAAAAGGUCUGGCUGGUAUUGUUUUAAACCUGACUCAUCCAGCUCUUCUUCAAAUACCUCCCCCACCGGCACCCCAAACCAAUUUUAAUAAAGUAAUUUCUCUUCCUGGGCUAGGAGAACCCUAAUGAACCAAUACAAAU